GAGCAGAUAACGCAUUAUUUUCCAUUAAUUCCUGAUAUGUCACAGGUUAGUUGGAGAUUCUAGAAACCAAGAACGUUAAUUAGACAAUGAACUGGUUGAUUCAGAGGAAAAUAGAGAAUGACUUUGAAAGUUUUCAAUUUGAAGGUUAAUUGUCAUAGAUUCGAACAUCAUUCAAAAUCAUCGUGAAAGGCAAUUCCAUUUCAUUCCAUCCAGCGAACCAAUCCCCUUCACAUAAUCAUUUGAAGUGAUAUGUGACCAACUCCCCAGAAAAAUAGACCAAAUGAUGUGUAUAUCCUUGCGAGAUUUCUUUUCAUCUCAGUUGUUCCAGGCCACCGAUCAUCAGACCCAGGGGAUUAUUGAGGAAUAUCCUGUCAUGAGAAAAGGUUCAAACACAUCGAGGAGUUCCAGCGUUAGUAGCAGCGCUUCCGACACUGAAUCGGACCUAGAUCCAACACCAGAAGAUGAGGAUAGCCGCUCUACUAAUAGAUCAUCGAGUGUCUCUUCAACUGAUAGUUCUUCAAACUAUCUGGAUCUACCGUCUACAAGCAAUGGAUCACCCUCAGUAGAGAAAAAACGUAAGAGUAGCAUGAGGAGAGCGAGUAGCGAUUCAAGGGAAUCCAGAAGGGUAUCAUUCCAUGAUCAGGUGAACGUGAGAGUUUAUCCAAUAGAUGAACCACAAGGAUUCAGAGGAACUCCUGUAACACCUCCUGCUCAAGAAGCGAUAGAUGAUAUAGACAGUCUGACUGAAGAAGUUUCCAGCAGACUGUCAUCGAUCAAGGCCAAAGACGCCCCAAUCCCUUCCCUGGAAGAACUCUGUGACUCCAUAUCGGAUGUUCACGUGGUGGACAGGGACGUCGUGGAACCUACCCAGAGUACCACGCCCAGAAAUCAAAUUGCCGUAGGAUACGCCGAGCUUUCGGACGAUUUCGAACAAGAAUUCGAGGAAAUGGACGUUAUCAUGAGGAUGAGGUAUCCCAAGUACUACCAUUUCCUCAAGUCGCACAUGAUCACGGGAGCGAUAGGCUCGGAGGACUACAAAAGUCAGGUGUUGGAGUUCAAGGAGGCUAUCGUGGGUAGCAGGCAGUAUCCAGACGAGUACUUCCAGGACUUGGAGAACACACUGUCGUACUAUGAGAGGAUGUCUGGUGGAACCGAACUAUGACUAAGAUGGUUUAUUGUAGAUUGAAAUAAAGGAGGGACUUGAGUUUU